AUGGCCGACGACACUGCAGUCACUGUUUAUGGAAGCAACGCCAUAUCUGAUCCCAACAAGAAGAACAAGAAUGCCUUCUCAGUUAAGGUCGGAUUAGCCCAAAUGCUCCGUGGCGGAGCGAUUGUCCAAGUCACAAACGUUGACCAAGCCAAGAUCGCUGAAUCCGCCGGAGCUUGUUGUGUCAUUGUGGCAGAGCAAUCGGAAUCCGGAGGAAUUUCACGGAUGCUCGAUCCGGCCGUUAUUAAACAAAUCCAACGGGCUGUCGGAGUUCCGGUUAUGGCGAAAGCGCGGGUUGGGCAUUUCGUUGAAGCGCAGAUACUCGAAGCUGUCGGCGUUGAUUACAUAGAUGAGAACGAGGUUAUCGCGAUAGCCGAUGAAGAUAACUUCAUCAACAAACAUAACUUCCGGAUUCCGUUUGUGUGUGGAUGUCGGAAUUUGGGAGAGGGGUUAAGGAGGGUGAGAGAAGGUGCGGCGAUGAUCAGAACUCAAGGAGAUCUAUCUGGAUCAGGCAACAUUGUUGAAACUGUUCGAAACGUGAGAGAAGUGAUGGGGAAAAUUAGGGUUUUAACAAACAUGGAUGAAGAUGAAGUAUUCACGUUCGCGAAAGAAUUGGGCGCACCUUACGACAUCUUGGCGCAAACAAAGCAAAUGGGUAGGCUUCCGGUGGUUCAUUUUUGCUGCCGGAGGUAUUACAACACCUGCAGAUGCAGCCCUGAUGAUGCAACUAGGAUGCGAUGGUGUGUUUGUGGGAUCUGA